AACUUGAAAUACUUGUAAAAUUACUUCAAUUAUUCAUUUACGUAAAAUGUUACAGAUUCUGAUUUGAUGGCGUAGUAGGAACAUGUAUAUGUACUACUACUUCCUGUUUGAAGUUGUACAUUACAACAAAGAGACAGUGUGGUUAUAUUUUAUAAAAUUUUUUUUGUACAGUAUAUAAUGGCGGAUACUACUGCACAGAAGUUUAUCUUACAGGUUCAAGACUAUAAGGAUUCUCUUAAAACAAAGGCUGAACAACUUCUGUUGAAAGGAUUUCCAGAAAAGAUCGUCGAGUUGAAUGAAUUAUUGGAAACACCUGGAUUCUGCAAUAGGAAAUUAUCAGAUGUUCAUCAAGACUUAAAUGUACCCAUUCCAGAUCCUAUACUUCUUAAUCAUUCCGAGGAUGAAUCUACCACAAAAAAACGAAAGACAGACAAUAGCAUAAAUGAUACCAGUGGAACAAAAGUAAUGGUACUGCCAAACGGGCCUGUACCUUGCAAUAAGCCUUUGUGUGAUCUUAUUCACAUAGUUAAACCUUAUAUUCGGCAACUAUUGGAAGAUUCUAAUUUGUUGAAAAUGUGGAUCUCUUUCUUAAUUCCGAAAAUCGAAGAUGGAAAUAAUUUUGGUGUAUCGAUCCAAGAAGAUACACUUGCUGAAAUACAAUCUGUUGAGAGUGAAGCGGCCGCAUUCUUUGAUCAAAUAUCUAGGUAUUUUAUUUCAAGAGGUAAGAUUGUUAGCAAAGUUGCGAAAUAUCCGCACAUUAGCGAUUAUAGAAGAGCAGUUCAAGAAUUAGAUGAAAAAGAGUAUGUGAGUUUAUGGCUAGUAAUGUGCGAAGUUCGUAAUCGUUAUUGUUCUUUACACGAUUUGGUAAUCAAGAAUUUGGAAAAGAUCAAAAAACCACGUUCAUCCAAUACGCAAUCCUUGUAUUAAACGCUACACACGCUACCUAUACCUAAUAAUGUACAGGACGAUAUUGAAAGAAAAGUAAAAAGAAAAAAUACGGUGUAUGUACACGACAGAGAGGAUGUCAUUCUCGAUUUCUUCGGUAGAAAGCUCGAAUUCAUUUUGUUUUUCCAUUGAAUCGCCUUGACGUUGACUCAUCCACUUGAGCCAUAUUCAAAGCGGGUUAAAGCGGCACUACAAGUAAAAAAAUCGAUGAUAACGCUACACUCUUAAACAAAGAAUAUUAUAAAUAUAAAACAAACUAUUUAACUUCAUUUAUAAUAAUAAACACUAAUAAUUAUUUUUUCCCUUCCGGUUAAAUUAACUUUCAGUUACAAUAUUUUAAUUGUUCAUGUAAUUCCAAAAUAGGUAAUCGAUAGUUUUGUUCGUAAAAAAGAAAUUUUUGUAUCGUUCUUUUCCGUAAGACGAAUUUCCGGUAAUCUUUCCUUUCCUUUUCGUUUUUGUAUAUAAAUUCAACCAUUUAAUCAUACGAUGUGGCGUACUUAUAAAAAAUAGAUACAAAAUCGGUGGGACAUUUAUUCUUUCAUCCAAUUAAAUUUUAAAUACAAUUAAGCAUGUAAUUUGUAAUUUACCACUGUAAGAUCGUUAGAAGAUAAAUCAAGAUAAGACAA